AGGGAGGUGUCUGAGUGCUGCUGUAGAAACGCACUCAGAGAAACCCUGUCUGAUCGCUAUCUUUAGACAUUGGUCAGGCGCUCUAAAUCUUGCGUUCCAACCAUUUUAAAAACAGGAGGCUUGAACAAAGUCAUGGAUUCAUGGGAAGUGAUGACACGUAAAACAGCAACCGUUUACAUGCUAGGAGAGGGAGUGAGAGGUCGCUGAAGACAUAUCCGGGAAAUAGCUAGUCAACGUUAGCCGUUGUAGCUAACGUUUGAUGUAGCUUUGUUAGCUUGCUUGCUAACUGACAAGUUGGAAAUCAGAAGGCAACACAGUGACGUAUAUGUGUAGCUAGUCUACAAGUUGUUUUGCUCACGUGCUCAUGAGAACGUUUUUAGUAGAAGGGCGUUUGCAUUGAACUUAGUGAUAAUUUACCACUUGUCAUUAUUCUUCCGAAAAUGUCUUCGAGAGGGGGGUACCCAGGUAGUCCAAUGAACCCAAACAUUAACGUUAACCCCAUGACAGCUGGACAUGGAGGCAGCGUGAGAAUGCCACCACCGCCGGCUACAAUGCAACAGAACUCUGGAUUCCGGACCAUGACUAACCCUGCGUCGCAGUACCAUCAGCGCCCGGGCAUGCCGCCCAGCAGAGGGGUGCCUAUGGGCCCCAUGGCGGGACCCGUCCCUGGGCCUUCCUACGGCUCCAGCUUGCCCAUGCGCCCCGGAAUGUCCCCGGUUGCCAUGGACCCUUCGCGAAAGAGGUUCCUCCAGCAGCAGCAGCAGCAGCAUCAGAGCCUGGGAGGGCAGAGACGCAGUGUCAAACGGCGCAAGAUGGCUGACAAGGUUCUCCCACAGAGGAUCAGGGACCUGGUCCCCGAGUCUCAGGCCUACAUGGACCUCCUCGCCUUUGAGCGGAAGCUGGAUCAGACCAUUGCCCGUAAGCGCAUGGAGAUCCAGGAAGCCAUAAAGAAGCCCAUCACGCAAAAACGCAAGCUGAGAAUAUACAUCUCCAACACCUACACACCUGGCAAGCCAGAGGGUGAGGAGGCGGAGAAGGUGGCCUCCUGGGAGCUGAGAGUGGAGGGCAAGCUGCUGGAGGAUCCCGGGAAGCAGAAAAGGAAGUUCUCCUCCUUCUUUAAAAGCCUGGUCAUCGAGCUCGACAAGGAGCUGUACGGACCAGACAACCACCUGGUGGAGUGGCACAGGAUGCCCACCACCCAGGAGACGGACGGGUUCCAGGUGAAGCGGCCGGGGGACAUCAGCGUGAAGUGCACCUUGCUCCUCAUGCUGGAUCACCAGCCCCCGCAGUACAAGCUGGACCCGCGCCUGGCGCGGCUGCUGGGCGUGCACACGCAGACCCGGGCCAGCAUCAUGCAGGCGCUCUGGCUCUACAUCAAGAACAACAAGCUGCAGGACAGCCACGAGAAGGAGUACAUCAACUGCAACCGCUACUUCCGCCAGAUCUUCGGCUGUACCCGCAUGCGGUUCUCCGAGAUCCCCAUGAAGCUGGCGGGCCUGCUGCAGCACCCCGACCCCAUCGUCAUCAACCACAUCAUCAGCGUGGACCCCAACGACCAGAAGAAGACGGCCUGCUACGAUAUAGACGUGGAGGUGGACGACCCCCUGAAGGGCCAGAUGAACAGCUUCCUCUCCUCCACUACCAACCAACAGGAGAUAGCUGCCCUGGAGAUGAAGAUCCACGAGACUAUUGAGUCUAUUAACCAGCUGAAGACACAGAGGGACUUCAUGCUGAGCUUCAGCAACAACCCUCAGGAGUUCAUCCAGGACUGGCUAAAGUCCCAAUGCAGAGAUCUCAAGUUGAUGACGGACAUUGCGGGCAACCCAGAGGAAGAGAGGCGUACAGAGUUCUACCAAGCGCCGUGGGUCCCAGAGGCUGUGGGCCGUUACACCUUCUCCAAGGUGCAGCAGAGAAGGCAGGAGCUGGAGCAGGUACUCGGAAUCCGACUGACUUGAAGUCCUGGUCUCUCUCACGGGGGGCCCCCUCCCCUGCUGCCGGCCACCAUGUCACCCCCCCACCCCGCCCCCCCACCCACCCCCUCCAGCCCUCGUUCAGCAGGACAAAGGCAGGCAUCUCAAAAGGCCCGCCAUGAUGGUGGUCUUCACAUCAAAGCUGGAAAAUGCAGUCGAGCCCCAGAACCUGAACCGAUCAACAUUUCCGCAGUUUCGAGCUCUUCCGUUUUUACUUUUUUGCUAUUUUUCUUGUGAAUUUUGCCAAUUUUGUAACCACAUGCGAUUUUAAACCGUUUACCUUUUCUGUCAGUUACGGCCUGCUUUUUCUCACUUUUUACAUUUGUGCAAAAUCGGGGAAAGCUGGAUCGCUUUGCCUUUCUUCUGUCGUGUUUUCUAAUCAGUACUUCCUGAUACCUUGGACCACAGUGAAAUGUACACUGCCUGGUGUCGACUUUUUUUUCAACAGUAUGCAACGUGAAGUUUUCUUCAUUGAUGAAAUUUAUUCCUCUUGUAUGUUUGUCAGAUUUUGAAACCAACCAAAUUUAUUUUUGUAUAAUUUUGUCAUGUAUGUUUUGCUUAUAAGGUGCCAGAAUUUUCACGCGGUAUGCGUGUUUUAUAAAGGGGUGUAUAGCCAUAAACCUGGAAAGCCAUGGUUAUGCAGUUUUAAAAAUUGUUUUAGGAAAGCUUAAUGAUUUUACAUGUUUUCCAUGUAAGUUUGCCAAACAAAUAUGCUAGAAUCUAUGGUUGCCAGGAAAUAGGAAGUCUUUGUGGUGCUUGGAGCUUUGCAUGGUUAGAGGGACAAAAUUGUAUGGGUUUUCUCGCUUGUUCAGUUGACUAUUCCACUGAAUUGUUUACAGCCUUUUUGUGUUGCUGUCCUGUAGGAAAUCAGUGUGGCAUAGACAGGAGUCCACCGAGCCUAGUGGGGUUAUGUUGAGCGUCUAUUCAGAAACCAGCUUUGAAACUGUAUAGAUUAGGAAGGAAUCAAAGCCAUAGAUCAAGCCUUUUACAAGCCCUCUGAGGGCACUGAUACUUUGAUAUUUUUUUUUUUUUUUUUUUUUCACAUAUGGGUGUUAGUUUAUACCACUUGGAGUAAACUCAGCAAACCUGAUGCAGGUUGUUUUUUUUGUAUUGUAAAAGUGUUGAGAAGAAAACAUUCCCAAAAUGUGACACAUCUGCGCAAAGAUACUUGUGGCCAAUUUUGUUGCACUAAGAGGUGUAUUUUUCAUGUGGAAGUGUUGACAAUCAUAUGGUGUACGUGACAUUUUUCAGUGUGUGCUUAUGAGGAAAGAUGGCUCAGUUUCAAGUUGUUGUCUGCAGUUUGUCAUGUUUUCUAGCACAAGUCUCCCCAGCUACUUCACAGCUGGCAAAAGUUAACUGAUUUUAUGUGUAUUAUUCAGUCAAAAGCACAGACUAUGGUAAAAUUGGAAAAAAAAAUAUAUAUAUGCUAUUUGCACUCUUCACAGCUGUUGAGGUUUCCAGUCCAGGCCGUGAGUGUGUAAGGAUUGCUUGUCUUUUCUGAAAUCCUGGAGAACUUGCUCAAAGCACUUAGACCUGAAGAACAAAGAGCCACAAUGGUACUGAGGACAAGCUGACCAGCUCUGCCCUAUUCAGUUGUGGCCUAAAGGGAUCCAGGAAAUGUAACUCAGUCCAUGACAUGUCUGACCUUUGUCAGUUGGUUUAUCGUGUCAGGUGACUGCAUUUAACAAGGAAAGGACUGUUCUAUCUCAGUAUUCUCUGAACCAGGAAAUUAACACACUUCUGAGAAUUUUUUUAAAGAAUUUUGCAUGUUUUUUCUAUUUACAAUCGAAGCUUUUUAUACCUUUUUUAGCUUUUAUAUGUUUUGGGAUUUUGGUACAUUUGUAAAAAAUAAAUAAAAUUUUAAAAAAUUAAACGUGCUUGGUGGAACAAAA